CUCAACGAGAUGUGGAUCGAAAAUGUAGGCACAGGGUUAUUUAAUUUAAUAUUCUCAUAGCGUCGAUAAGAAUAAUAAUUGCGAACAUUAAAGCGAUAAUACAAUAUAGUUUGUAAAUCAUUAUAUAAUAAUAUAAUAAUUAAAGAUAGUUAUAGAUAUCUUCAUUAUAUAAUAAAUGUUGUGACGUUCAGUUUAACAUUGCCUCCUAUUGACUGAUGUUGUGUUUUCAUCCAAAUUUUACAGUGCCUCUUGUUUGUAAUAUAAAGUAUUAAUAAUUUGUGCGUUAAAAAUUGAUAAUACCUACAGUCGAAAUCAAAAUGAUUGUAAAAAAAUUGAUCUGUGUCUUGAUUUUGGUUCAACUGUUAGAAAUAUCAAAAUCCGCAAAAAUAUUAGCAGUUUUACCAAUUCCUGUUUUAAGUCAUCAAAUGGUGUUUCGAGAGUUAACACAAGAGCUGGCAAGACGUGGUCACCAAAUUACGGUUGCCACCGGAUUUCCUUUAUAUCCAAAAGGACAGGCGCCAGCUAAUUAUACUGAGAUUGAUAUACGUCCAGUGACAGACAAUGUACGUGCACAUCUAUUAAAUGAAGAUAUAAAAUCAUCGGAUGAUAUGGUCGCUCAGUUUGAAGUGACUUUUAGAGCAGGUACUCGAAUAAUUGAGGGAUUACUUGAAUUUGAAGAUAUGGACAAUUUAGUCAAAGAUAAAAAUGCCCAUUUUGAUCUAAUUUUCAUAGAAGACUGCGCAAAAUCAAUGUUGAUCUAUUCUCACAUAUUUAAUGCGCCGGUUAUAGAGAUAAGUUCCUUUGGCGGCACUUUCAAGACGUUUGAGGCAGUAGGUGCACUGACACACCCAAUCUUAUAUCCUCUUGCUGUCAGACAAAAAUAUAAUGAUCUGUCGAUGUGGGAAAAAAUUUCAGAGUUAUAUCUGUUAUACAAAAUCGAAAAACUGUACAAUGAUGCUGACACUUUGGAAACAGAGCUAAUACGAAAACGUUUCGGAAAAAACACUCCAAGCAUUCAUGACCUACAAAAAAAUAUACACAUGUUGUUUUUGAACAUACAUCCUAUUUGGGAUUCAAAUCGACCUGUUCCUCCUAAUGUUAUAUACUUAGGAGGUCUGCAUCAGAAACCGCACAACGAUUUACCUGAGGAUUUAAAAUCAUCUCUUGACGCUUCAAACAAUGGUGUUAUAUAUGUCAGUUUUGGAACCAACGUUGAUACGACAAUACUACACGCUGAAAAACUACAAAUAUUUGUUAACGUCUUUUCCAAACUGCCGUAUGACGUGUAUUGGAAGUGGAAUGACGAAAAUCUGCCCAAAUUAUCUAAAAAUAUUAAGGUUAUGAAAUGGUUUCCUCAAUCAGAUUUAUUAAGACAUCCAAAAGUGAAACUUUUUAUAACUCAAGCAGGCUUGCAAUCUACAGAUGAAGCUAUUGCUGGUGGCGUCCCAGUUAUUGGUGUACCAAUGAUGUGGGACCAAUGGUUUAACGCAGAUAAAUAUGUACAGUUAAAAAUUGGUUUAAAUUUGGAUAUUAACACACUCACAGAAACUAAAUUAAGGAAUGCUAUAGAAACAGUUCUUGACAACAAAAAAUACAAAGAAAAUAUACUAAAGUUACGCUCAGUAAUGCGUGAUCAUCCAGAAUCACCUCUAGAGAGAGCCGUUUGGUGGACGGAAUAUGUUUUACGUAAUCGAGGGGCAGAACACUUGCGUGCUCCUACUGCGAAUAUGAGCUGGGUGGAAUACUACGAAGUUAAACUUAUACUUGUAAUUACAUCAGCGUUUAUUUUAGCUUUAACAUUAUUAUCAUUAAUGGUGUAUAGGAUUAUAAGGGCUUUUAUUCAAAAAGUGAAAACGGACUGAAAGUUGUAGCAAAAUUCAAAAUUUUGUCUAAUUGAAGCCGCCUUAAAACCGCUAUUCUGAGCGGACACUUAUAAUAAUAAUAUUUAAGUUGUUUUUUAUUUUGCUGAUUUAAUAUUCUUUUACUUAUCAGCUGACGUCCAUUACCUAAUUUAUGAUGACUAUGAAUAAAAUGUAAAGAACUGAAGUAUUCACAAAAAACUAAAACUGUUUUCUAUGCUAAUAUUAUAAAGCUGAAGAGUUUGUUUGGAUGAAUGCGCUAAUCUCAGGUCCGAUUUGAAAAAUUCUAUCAUUGUUAGAUAGCUCAUUUAUUGAGGAAGGCUAUACGCUAUAUUUUAUCUCUGUAUUCCUGCGGGAACGGGAACCACGCAGAUGAACCCCGCGCGGCGUCUACUACUUUAAAUAUAAAUUUUAAAUCACGUUUUGAAUAUUAACCUUGACACAAAGUUCAACAGCCAUCUUGAAGUUAACAAGAUUCCACGACAAUUAUGAAAGCAAUUUUCCCACAAAUUUUCGGCAAUUAUGUCUGAUAAAUGGGAAGGAAAAGUUUAUGAAGAAAUCAGGAGAGGGUAAUUGAAAAAUAUUACUUGCAUCAUUUAAGGAUUCAUUUCCAAAAGGAAUAAUAUUAAACAAACCACUUUGAAAUAAAAAAAAACUCUUAAGAAACGUUUAAACCAAAAAAAAAACUUUUGUUGAGGUAACUAGGUACGAAAUAUGUGUGAAUAAUAUAAUCCUACUAAUAUUGUAAUCCUACUAAUAUUAUAUACUCUUUAACGCCGCAACUACUGAACCGAUUUAGCUGAAAUUUGGAAUUGAAAUAGAUUUUACUUCGGAUUAACACAUGAGCUACUUUUCAUCCCGAAAAAAAAUCCUUGGUUCCCGAGGGAGUUGUGAAAAAGUAAAUUUUACUAGGACGAAGUCGCAGUCGUUAGCUAGUAGACUAUAUUGUAUCAGAAUAGUAGACAGGUACUGACUUACACUUGUGGUGUCUAAAUAAUUUAGUUAUAGAUAUUAUAUAAUUAUCGUUCCUUUGAAAAGUCUCUCGAUUGGAAAUUUCUCGAUUCUCAGGAUGAUAUAAUAGAUAAGCGUCAGUAGGUAAUUAUAACACAAUAAUAAUUAACCUCAAUAACACAGAAUAAAAAAAUGUGAUGAAAUCAUUGAAGCAAUUUUUUUUAUAAUAUCGUUGUAAUAGCUGUAUCGAUUGCUAUUUAUUAUUAUAAUCUACUAGCGGACGCCCGCGACUUCGUCCGCGUGAAAGUCGAUGUAAACUUUCAACUACCCCUACCCUAUCCCUACCCUAUCCUACCCCUAUCCUACCCUACCCUGCCCUACCCUACCCCUACCCUAUCCCUACCCUGCCCUACGCUACCCCUACCCUACCUCUACCCUACCCCUAAUUUUCUUUGCUAUAAACCUCACUGAGCCCGAGACCUUUCCAACGAAUGCAAAACCGUGGAAAUCGGUUCGUGCGUUCUGGAGUUUUAGCGUCAGGAAGGAAAACCCGAUUUAUUUUUAUAUAAUAAGAUAUGUUCUACAGUAGGUAUCCUAUGAUUUAUAGUACAUUUUUUAUCUACCCAGAACGCUUUUUCUUUGGUGUGGUAUUAUUUUGGUAUAUAAAAAGACGCUAAGGGCUCUCUCCACAGCUUUGAACCUUCGUAAUUUAAUUCCAGCAUUUUCGUUCCCAUUUCUUCUAGAAAUCCUUUGAGAAACAGACCAUCACGUUGUAAUGGGCAUUAAUAUUUAUAUAUUUAUAUUGUAUCUAUCGUACGACCUAUCUAUUUAUUCUGUGACAUGCUUUGUAUAACUUAUAUUGUGGAUUUCUAGUUCCUCAAAUUUUUAACAUAAUAUAAAUACGAAAAGUUUUUCUGGAACAUACAUUGAAAAAAAAAACAAUAUUUUGAAAUUAAGAACUCUUUUAAGUGUGUUUGUAUCUAAUGUUUGUACUAUAAAUUAAUUGAAUGUAAAUUGUUCGAGAAAUAUUUUAUUUAUUGCAUUAAAUAAUAUGCACAUAAAAAUAAAAACCAAACCAGUUUAGAAUAAUAUACAGGGUUUCUUGUAUUUAUGGUUAUAACGCAAAUGGUAGAUUCACCGCAUAGGUAUCUACUAUUUGCGUUUUAUCCAUUAAGGGACAAUCUGUAUAACAAUAAUAAUAAUAAAAAAUAUUAUUUGUUAUAUUCUUUAAAAUAAACAUUUACAACAGCCGUGCUUAGUUAUUGAGGCUUAAAUAUUAAUAAUGUCUUAAUACUGUUGCACAUACGAGUGUUUAUAAGUUUUAAACUUUUAUCUAAUUACCUUUACAUAACAAAACGAUCACUAUCAAAUUUAAGCCUUAUUUAACAGGCAUAAAGUCGAAAAUCUAUCAUCACCACUUGACAAGCACUCAGUGACUCCAAUCUCUGGUCAAAAGUGUUCUUGAAAAGGUCUUCAAUUGGGACAGCAACAGAUUCAAUUGUUAAUAUCUGCAAUUUAUGUGGGUACAAGUAUGGGUUUAUUGUUACUUGAAUUCUUGGUCUCUUCCCUUUCUGGAUUUGAUGUCUUUUGUUCGCAGUGAAAUGUAAUUGACUGUAUGUGUGAACCAUUUAAAUCGUUACAGUUCAGGAUUGUACUAACAAAUGGAGGAAAAUAAAAAUAAAGUUUCAUCUAUGUAAAUCUUGGUGUCCUAAUUGUCUACGGAUCAUAUUCGAGUCCGUGGUCAAGCUAUAAAAGUACUGUUUUUUUUUUCAUCCAAGAAAUUUUCAGUAGUAGCCUAGAGUUGGAAAGCAGUACCUUA